AUGACGGUCGCCGAGCUGCUCCUCGCCCAGCUCGAGGAGCACAACAUCGAGGGUGAUGAGCCUAUCCUUGAGGAUGAUGAUGAUGAGGAUGAGGAUGAAAAAGAUGACGAUGAAGUUGAGGAGGGUGAGAAGAAGAGCAGGAAAGCCAUGGAGAAGCUUGGCAUGAAGGCCAUGACUGGUGUGAGCCGUGUAACUAUCAAGAAGAGCAAGACCGUUGUGUAUGUCCUCUGCAAGCCAGACGUCUUCAAGAGCUCGCAGUCAGACACCUACGUCAUGUUCGGGGAGGUCAAGCUUGAGGACCCGAGCACUCAGCUGCAGACACAAGCGGCGGAACAGUUCAAGGUGCCAGGCCCGAGCAGUGUGAUCUCAAAGGGCGAGCCGUCCGUGGCAGCAGCCCAGGACGAUGAGGAGGUCAACGACACUGAUGUUGACAAGAAGGACGUCGAGCUCGUGAUGAGGCAGGCCUCCGUGUCGAGAUCCAGGGCUGUGAAGGCGCUCAAGGCUGCGGAUGGCGACAUUGUCAGUGCUAUCAUGUAGUUGACUAACUAGGUGCUAGAAGGUGGAAUUGUGUCUUGAUAACAGGGUGUGGGAUCGCAGAGCAGUUUUUGGUCAUGUCAUCUUGAAACUUGAAUGUUGCAGUUGGGGGAUUGGUAGCUCUGUUUCUCUGUUCACCAAACUAGUACCCUCAUGUAGGUUUCCUAGGAGUUUUAACAUCUGAGGAUCAGCAAACUGCAUGCUCUUUUGGGAAAAUUGGAAUCUUCUGUGCGCCAGAUUUUGUUUUCAAAUGCACGUAAUCAUGUUUUAG